CAGGUGCCUGCGCCCGGAGGGGAGCGGCAGCUCCGGCUGGGCUCCGGCUCCGACUCCGGUUCGAGCUCCUCCUCCCGUUCCUCACGCUAAGGCUGACGUUGGUAUCUGGUGUGCAAAAGGAAGCUAGAAAGUAAAAAGGAAGCAUUGCUGAUCCUUUCCAAGGAGUUGGAUACGUGUCAACAGGAGAGAGACCAGUACAAACUCAUGGCCAAUCAGCUUCGGGAGCGACACCAGUCCCUGAAAAAGAAAUACCGAGAGCUGAUUGAUGGAGACCCAUCAAUUCCGCCUGAAAGGAGGAAACAGGCUAAUCUUGCACAACUAUUGAGUGAUUCUCGGGACCGGAAUAAACAUCUGGGAGAAGAAAUUAAAGAACUUCAGCAGAGACUUGGAGAAAUACAGGGGGACAAUAAGCUCCUAAGGAUGACGAUAGCAAAGCAGAGACUAGGUGAUGAAGAAAUUGGGGCCCGCCAUUUUGCAGCCCAUGAACGAGAAGACCUGGUUCAGCAGCUGGAGAGAGCUCGGGAACAAAUUGAAUCCCUGGAACAUGACCUACAGGCCUCUGUGGAUGAGCUGCAGGACAUCAAAGAGGAGCGUUCUUCCUACCAGGAUAAAGUGGACAGGCUGAACCAAGAGCUCAAUCACAUCCUGGGCGGUCACGAAAACCGCAUCAUUGACGUGGAUGCCCUCUGCAUGGAGAACAGAUACCUCCAAGAGAGAUUAAAGCAGCUUCACGAAGAGGUCAGCCUACUUAAAUCUAAUAUUGCCAAAUAUAAGAAUGCCCUCGAGAGACGGAAAAACUCCAAGGGCCAAGGCAGGUCUAGCAACAGCAGCAGCAGCAGCAGCAGCAGCAGUGCCCUGACUGGAGUCCUGUCUGCAAAGCAAGUUCAAGAUUUACUAUCUGAGGACCAUGGAUGUAGUCUUCCAGCAACACCACAGUCCAUCUCGGAUCUCAAAUCUCUAGCUACUGCCCUGUUAGAGACAAUCCAUGAGAAAAACAUGGUCAUUCAGCACCAAAGGCAGACCAACAAAAUCCUAGGUAAUCGAGUGGCAGAGCUGGAGAAAAAAUUGAGAACUUUGGAAGUCUCGGGUUUGUGGAGUCUCCCAGGCCUGAGCUACAAUGUUUCAGUGGGAUUAAGGAGAAGCAAGGACACCAUAACUUUCAAUGAUUCCACUCUUCCAGUCAUACAGAGGUCAAGAUCUCCAUUGUUGAAAUUCAUAGAUCAGCGAGAAGAAAACCAAACAAAUAUUAAGGAUGGGGAGCAGAAGCAAAGAGAUGAAAGUUCUUCUGUUACUGUGGCACUGACAGCUCCAGAGGAGGCUGCAGCCCAGCUCUCUGACAAUUCCCCAGCCAAGCCCAAGUACGGGAACCAACGCAAGCACUUUCAUCCCUCAUUACCCCAGUUACCUUCUGAGGAAGAAGAAAUAAACAGGCUUGGAAGUGAAAUAAUUAAACUGACAGAGGAACAGGCAGCUGAAGAACUAGAAGGGACCAGAAAAGGGAGCUCCCAAGAGGACCCAAGGAAAGGGACAGGCCCCUCCCAGAUCAGAGAGGCAUCCAACAGAGAGUCUCCUUUGUCUAGCCCCGAUCCCUUUGGUUCCAGUGAGUCCUUGGGUUUGGGGAAGGAACAUGCCCCGGGAGGCUGUGACCUGGAAGAGGAGAAAGGUAUCCCAGAGGGGAGCUGCUCGGGCAUUGUGAAGACAUGAAGGAUAAAGAGAUUGGAAAUUGUAACACACGAAAGGCACUAGGGAUGACAAGAAUUAAGCCACAGAACAACACAUUAGAAGUAACUCUCUCCUCAAAUACUCCCAAGUCUGGGACUUAAAAUCUUCUGAUCCUGUUGCAAACUGUGGGUAUUUUGAUGAAAGUUCAGCUUGAUUUAUUAAAUGCUGGUCCUCAAUCUUCUCACCGUCAUCUCUUACUACUGAAGAUGUACUGCUGUGAACACGGGCAGGCACUGAAAAUAGUGUGCGCCAUAUGGCUGGUUUUUCCCAUCCGUCUUUGUGUCGGCAUUUGUUUUAUUAGAGAUAAGAUGUUUUUCUAUUAACGUUUAAUGUUGUCGAUCAAAAUUAUGGGAAGAGCUUGAAACUGAUGGGCUUUUUAAUCAGGUCCCCGGUAUUUGUAAUGAUUAAGGCUGUUGGGAAGAGAGACAUAAUUGAGCAUAAUGGGUCCGAAGGGCCCACCGUGACACUUUGUCAUGUCAAGGCCUUGUUGGGUCUCCUCCACAUGGAUGCUCUUGGCACAGCGCCUGUAGCAAUGUGUCACAGCUGGGAAUGGUGGGUGGAGAGGGGACUCGGCAGGCUUUGAGGGCUUGUUUUCCUAUUCUGAAUUCAUACCCCUCAUCUGGGUGCUUGUGUUGUUGGGUAAAUGAUAAGUAUGCCAACUUAGGCAUUGGUUGGUACAUUUAUAGUCCCAGGAGGCAAUUUGGAAAGUAAGGUCAAAGGUAGAGCCAGGGGAAAAUGAUUCUCACCUUUCAAACGUCUCCAUCUGUGGCGCAUUCUCAUCCCAUUCAGUUUAUUUGCUUUGUUGAGAAAAGACAAGAGCAGAGCUCUGUGGUUCUGGGGCAAAUCACUUAACUUUUCCUUAUCUGUAAAGUGGCAGGUGCAGUGUCUUCUAAGAUUCCUUCUUGCUCCAAGUCUAUGAACCUAGACUUCUACUUCGACUAGACAGCUACCUAGUUUGCUGCCUGUGCAGCUGUGAAACUUGAACCCUGAGAGAAGAUAGACGCAUCUCCAGGAUCAAGUUUGGUCUCUCUAGGAAGCCCCUGGGUGAGGAGAGAUAGCAUCUGCUUAUGCUGUAGUAUAAUGGGAAAUGGGCCACAUCUUCAAACAAUGGAAUUCCUCAUGUCCCAGGGUCAAAUCAUUUCCCCCAGGAAGCUGAAAGUUCAUCUGAAAGCCAGAAUCAGUCCCCUGAGAACCUCUUCAGGGGCUUGAAUAAACAAGAGGGGCUCCUUAUGUGGUUAUUUUUUUUAAUCUUCCUCCUAACCAUCCCCAUAAGAGAACGUGCAGGUUAAGUUUAUGAUGUUGGCAAUGGAAUCCGUAGAUUUGAGUAUGUGGUAGUCACCUUGUUUUCCUGUCUCUGCCUUUGCAGGGUGAUAAAGAGGGCUGAGUUCAGGUCCCAGAUCCACUUAGUAGAUACGGAACAUGGGCAAGUUGUGGUAAUACCCCUACAGCCUAAUUCACACAACUAUUGGGACCUAAUUCACAGAACUUAAAACACUACAGAGAUGGUCAUUUAUUAUUUAUUCUUCCCCUCCCCACAUUUAUGGGCAAUGACACUAGAGACAGUGUCGAGCUCCAGGCUUUUCUACCCAUCCCAUGAGAUGUUGGGUUGGUGGGUUUUUAUGGGGACUGCUAACUGGUCAGUAAGAAGACACCGGGAGGGGGGCUGUUAGGUGGUGCAGUGGAUAGAGCACCGGCCCUGGAUUCAGGAGGACCUGAGUUCAAAUCCCACCUCAGACACUUGACACUAGCUGUGUGACCCUGGGCAAGUCACUUAACCCUCAUUGCCCACAAAAACAAAACAAAACAAAACAAGAAGAGGAAGAAGUUGCCAGCCCAGUGAGGGUGUGAGAGUGGAAAGAGAUGCACAGAGUAUGCUCAGUGACUGUCUUCCAUCCUGCCAGCCCCAGGGGUUACUGACCUCUACAGAGCCAGUGGUCAGGUAAUACUGCUGCUGGAGAGGAGAGCUACCCCAUCCACAUCCACGCAGCCCCUCUGCCUCACCCCACUCAGCCCCCAUCCACACAACUUCCUGGGGAGGGAAUUUGCCUCUGCAGCUGCAAAGCCUGCAUGGGCCAGCAGCCACAGAGGUAAUUUUCCUGCUGGACCCGGCCUUAACUGCCUGCAAAUGUUCAGCUCUCCCAAGUAGCACUUUAAAGGCGCUGAAGGAAAGCAGAGCCAAAUUUAAUAAAAUAAUAAUAAAAAGAAAAAUCUCUCCUAGCCCAAGCUCCGGCUUUGACACACAGUUUGCCAGGUGCACAUCUUUACAAUCCAUUUAUAAACUCCUGGAAAACAGAGUUUAUAAUCUACUCCAGCACAUCAUACCACGGUCAGGGAAGCCGAGAGGAAUCCCAAGUAUGAGAAGCCCUGGUGGUGAACAGGCUAAAGAGGGGUGCUGGGUGUUGCAUUGACCUUGGUGGCAUUGGGGCCAGACUGCUGUUGGAUAUGUUGCCAUGACAAUGUUGUAUAUCCAUCUUCCCUACCCAUACACAACUUGGUUUUUUUCUUGUUCAUAGAUAGUAAAGAAAAAGGUUCAAACUUGCCUAAACUCGGUUCCCCCCCCACACUUUAAACCUUGCUCUAAAACACUGCUCUGUUGAAUUUCCUCCUGUGGAACACUUUUUACUGAAAAGCCAAAAUUUUGUGAGUUUCCCAGUUAUUGAUGUUUUAUUUUGUUUUGUUUUUAAAGCAAAAUGUCACUACUUGGUCUUACCACCCAGCUGCAUCCUGACAUGCCCAUUUUUGUCAGACAGAAUGCCCCCGCCACAUGUGGAUUGCUUCCUGUCUUUCCAGUACUGUCCAGGCAGAAUGCAGAAUAGGGCAUAUAUGGAGAGAUGCAACUGACAUUGACACUUCUCAUAAUGACAGCUGCUCUUUUCUUGUGACUGCCCGGGUACCUGGCAGCCUUUAGGCGCUGAUUUCUACAUGCAAGUUUAUAUGAGAAUUUGUGGUUCUUUAAUUAAGGCCUGAGAAAAUAGAUCCCUUCCUUUAAAAAAGGGGUCCCUGAGACCCAUUCCCAUGCCAGCCUUCCUUCCCCACCAGAUUCUUCCCUGCCUCUAGCAAGUAUUCCCUGAGGCUUUCUCUAGCCAGGAGGCACCCAGUGGCAUUCAGCUCAGUCCCAGGCAAGUGGUAUUAGAUGCCUUUACCUAGAGCUAGCCUUAGGCAAGAUUGUGAAGGAGUGACGUUUGUUUUCCCACUCUCCCCAGCUUUUCAGGUGUCCCAUGAACACCCCACUUUCCAAAGUCCUUCCCGGAAAAAAAAAUCUGAUAGCAAUCAUUUACACAUUAGUAUGAAUAUAAUGCGCGAUGUUCCUUAAAACUGGAGGGGAACAUUUAUCCCUUAUUCAAAGAAUUUCAAAUAUCAUUAAGGAAAUACAGAUGAUGGCUGUAUGUAUGUGUGUGCAUUUUUUGGUCAUUUUCUUCCCCAUACCAAUCCAAAGUCAGCCAGCUAGCUUUCUUAACUGAAUAGGACUCUCCAACAAGCUUUAUUCUUCUCACUGCAGUUUUGACUUGAUGUCUCUUUCUCUGCAAAACCAGACCUCCCCUCCAGAAAGAUAGCUAUUUGAGCAAGAUUUAUUUCUGCUUUGCUUCUGAGCCCUGCCUAGUCAGCUCUUCCUCCCCUCUUUUCCAUUCUUGAACAUGAGACAGUUCCAGUUAGACAGCUCAAUGGCCAGCCAAAAGGCUGAGAAUCCCCAAACUCACAACGCUUUCAGGUACAUGUGAAUUUCCAGGUGCUUUUCAUUCCUGCUACUGAGUUAUAAAGCAAAGACUCGCUGGACAAAGACAAUUGCAAAGAUGAGAGAGAGAGAGAGAAAGGGGGAGGGUGUGUUUGAGAGACCAUUGGUGAAUCUAAUUAGAAAUAAAAGAGAAGGAAAAAAUGAGAAGGUCCCCUCUCACAAUGUUACAGCUGAUACAAAAAAAUAGAAAAAAGAAAAAAAUCUUAGUACAGCAUGAAGGCAAUUUAAAAUGAUAGAUUUAGAUGUGCUGCCUUAUUUUUCUUAUCACUUCUUUCCUAAAUGAGGGUUUUUUGAUGCACAGGGCAGUUUGCAGAAUACUGAAAAGUUUGACUUUCCCUAGUCUGUAUGAAUGCAGGGAUGUAUUUUGGGAUCUUAGCAGAGACCAGUGAUAACCUAUUAAAUUUAAAACAAUUGGCUUUUUUUAAUCGCUGCUGUUUUGUUUUAUUUAAAGAAAAGAAGUUCUAUUUAUUUGCAGACUUCGCUUUAUUGGAUUCUCUAAUCACCAUGCAUCAUAACUAUAUUUUUUGUUACCUGGAAUAAA